CUUAUCUUUCAUCAGUACAAAGCAAGGAAACGGGCAUUCAAGGCUCGACUUCUAGAUGGUGAAUUGAAAUUUCAUUCUACAACCUACAAGCACCCAUGGAAUUUAGCCCAGCUCAGCUUUCGAUAUGUCUACGAAAACCUUGCUGAAGGCGGUGGGGGAGGCUAUACGUCAGUCGAAAUUCGACGAUGCCAUCCAAAAGGCCAACGAAGUCCUGGGGCGAGACCCGAAAAGUUAUCAAGCUCUCAUAUUUUUGGCAUUUUCCCUGGACAAGAAGAAUCAGCUCGAAGAGGCUGAGAGCACAUACUUGGCAGCCGCGAAUACCAAGCCGACAGACUCUCAAGCCUGGCAGGGCUUGGUCAAGCUGUACCCAAAUCUGCGCCCCAGGAAGCUGCGUGAGUACCAGCACGCUGCUCUUAAGCUGGCAGAAAUCUACCGUGAUGCGGACGAGAUGUACAGGUGUCAAGACGUGAUUGACAAGUUCAUCGAUUUCGCCCGGACUCAUGGUGAUCGCCAGCAGUAUGUCGAGGCUCUUGAUCUCAUCUUGCCAGGAAGCCCAAUUUAUCCGGCUCUUGAAGGCCGAGUUCCUCAUCCAUCCAAGACAUAUGAGAUCGUCGCCCAGAUAACAGAGACGGAUGAGAAGAAACGCAUCAACACACUGAUUGGAGAGCGGCGGACGAGGAUAGGUGCGAGAGUCAACGAAGUAACCCUUGAGGUUAAGCGCGAGGUCUUCGGCCAAAGCAGGCUGGGAUAUAUCUACCGACAGCUUAUCGACUGGUCAACGGAUGACGAUGUUCGUCGUGUUUACGAGGAGAAGCUGCUUCAAUACUGCUACGAGCGUCUUCUUGCCUUCCCGCCUGGAGAUGAGAAAGCACGAGAGCUCGAGACGGUACUGAAGCUUGCGAAAGACAUGGUUAUUAUUAAGCACCCCUUCAAAAUCGCAUGGGACAUCGCCAUCGACUGGAAGGAUCAGAAGGAGAUCAAAGACUGGGAUGUGGGAGUGCUAAGGGAAUACUGCACCUUCUUCCCAGAUAGUGACCUUACUAGGGUACUUCUGGGCUUCCUCAGCAGUUUGGUGUCGCCUUUUCCUAAGGUGGAGGAGGAUACUAGUGCAUCUACUUCCCCUGGCGAUCAGGAGGAUGAGAGCGAGGACGACGAGGAUGGAGGCGUGCCAACUGCCUAUGUACCCACGACAGAGGAGGACCGUUUGCUGAUAAUGACCGAGGGCAUCAGUUCAGCGAACUCGCUCUUUGCAUAUCGGCUGAUGGGCGAGUACUACCAGUAUCUCGAGGAGCAUGAGAGUAACGCGGAGCUGAUGCGGAAGGCAAAGGAGCACCUCCGGGGCGAACAGAAGAAAACAGGACUGCCGUUUCGACAUACGUCUGACGUGUUUUCUCUGUACCUGGGUACGGCACUUGUCUUCUACCAAACUCCACGGCACCACCAGGAGGCCAAAAGUCUUUUUGACGACGUGCUUGCCAACGAUCCCUUUUCCACACCUGCCCUUAUUGGGGUCGGGUUGAUAUGGGAAGAGGAAGAAGAGUAUGACCAAGCAAUCGACUUUCUCGAGCGAGCAAUUGGCCGUGAUGCAUCGAAUCUGCGGGUCAGGGCCGAAGCAGCAUGGGUGAAGGCCUUGAAGGGGGAUUAUGCGAAGGGCAAGGCAGAGCUUGAGGCUUGCAUCCCCCUGAUUGUCGAGAAGGGCCAACCUGCGAAGGAACUCCUCGCGCAGACACAGUACCGACUUGGAUCCUGUAUUUGGAACCUCGACACGUCCAAAUCGGCGAGGAGAAACCGGGGAGGCGCUUACGCACUUUUCUUGGAUGCUCUCAAGAACAACCUCAACUACGCACCCGCGUACUCGAUCCUUGGCGUGUACUACGCCGACUACGCGAAAGACAAGAAGCGAGCGAGGAAGUGCUUUCAAAAGGCUAUCGAGCUGUCCUCGUCAGAGGUCGUAGCGGCGGAGCGACUUGCCAGGAUCUUUGCCGACGAUGGCGAUUGGGAUCGUGUUGAACUGGUUGCCCAGAGGGUAGUCGACUCUGGGAAGGUGAAGCCGCCUCCUGGGUCCAAGAGGAAGGGGAUCAGCUGGCCGUUUGCGGCGCUGGGUGUUGCCGAGCUGAACAAGCAAGAUUAUCACAAGGCAAUCGUCUCUUUCCAGUCUGCCCUAAGACUAGCCCCCGACGACUAUCACUCGUGGGUUGGACUGGGCGAAAGCUAUUACCGCUCUGGGCGAUACGUUGCCGCAACAAAAGCAACCGUCAACGCACAGAAGCUGGAAGAGGCGCCCGGGGCGCACAUUACUGGCGACACGUGGUUUACCAAGUUCUUGCUCGCUAACAUCAAGCGCGAACUCGGCGGCUUUGACGAGGCUAUCGGACUCUAUCGCGAGGUCAUCGACGUUCGACCCCAGGAAGAGGGAGUCAUUAUCGCACUCAUGCAAGCCUCGGUGGAAAACGCGUUCGAUUGUCUGGACAAGGGCUUCUUGGGGAAGUCGAUCAAGCUUGCGGGCGAAACGCUCGCCUCUGCGGUACAAGCGCCUCGGAGUGUUGUGGAAACGUUCAACUUUUGGAGAGCCGUGGCAGACUCUUGCUCUAUAUUCUCUUGUAUCCAGAGCCACGUCGGCGACUUCCCAGAAGUAACAGUGCGACAGCUCCUUGGCGAUGAUGACGCGAUCCCGGAAUAUCAGGUGCUGGAGGAAGUGGACGGAGUCGGGAACAACGUUAUUUUCGCCAAGGGCAUCUUCCCAGCCGACGAGAAGAUCGGAGUUGAUCUAACAAGGUGUCUCCAUGCCUCGAUCCUCUCUCACAAGCGUGCCCUCCAUGUUUCGGCGAGUGAUGCGCAUGCCCACGCGGUGGCGUACUACAACCUGGGUUGGGCUGAGCACAUGGCGCACACCUGCCUCCCUGAAUCCAUGAGGAAUAAAUCGAGCAGGUACCUCAAAGCUGCCAUCAUGUGCUUCAAGCGGGCUAUUGAGCUCGAAGCGGGCAAUUCCGAGUUCUGGAAUGCGCUUGGAGUGGCGACAAGCGGAGUGAACUCGGCAGUCUCGCAACACGCAUUUGUGCGGAGUCUGUACUUGAACGAAAGGAGCGCACAAGCAUGGACGAAUCUCGGAACUCUGGCAUUGCUCGAGAACGAUCUCAGCCUUGCCAACGAAGCCUUUACCAAGGCACAGUCCACCGAUCCUGACUACGCCCAUGCUUGGCUCGGGCAAGGCCUCGUCGCUCUUUUAUACGGCGACCCUCGAGAAGCGCGCGGGCUCUUUACGCACGCGAUGGACAUUUCAGACUCUUCCUCUAUUCUAACCAGGAGACUGUACUCGGUGUCCUUAUUCGACCACAUCAUAACCGCCCCUCCAAACUUGCCCAUCACCUCUCUCAUCCAACCCAUCUUCGCGCUAAGCCAGCUCCAGGGCCUGAAGCCGCAGGAUCUAGCUUACGGCCACCUCGCCACCCUCUUCAGGGAACGGACGCACGACAAUGAUCUCGCUGUCGCAACUCUCGAAGGCAUUUGCGCCGCCGUCGAAGCCGAGUAUGAGGCAGCAGAGUCUGCACAAGCCUUAAAACGCUUCUCCCUCGCAAAGGCCGAUCUUGCGCGUUCUUACCUGGCAUCUGGUUCAUAUUCGCAAGCAAUAGAAGCCGGCGAGCUGGCACUCCAGCUCAGCAGCGAUGACUCGGAGAGCAAACUCAGCGCCGAUGAGCGAAGGAAGGCUCGGCUGAGCGCACACCUCACGGUAGGCCUGGCAAACUAUUACAAUGACCAUGUCGACGAAGCCGUUGCGUGUUUUGAGGGCGCCCUUGAGGAAUCCGACGGGAAUCCUGACGCCGUUUGUGUCCUUGCUCAAGUUCUUUGGGCAACUGGGAGCGGAGAGUCACGAGACAGGGCUAGAGAGGUGCUGUUCGAGGCCAUUGAGAAGACCCCCGAACACGUGCAAUCCGUGUUGUUGCUCGGGGUAAUCGCACUGCUGGACGGCGACGACGAGAGCCUCGAGGCAGUGGUGGCCGAAUUGGAAGUCUUGAGGGCGAGUGACAAGAGUGUCACGCUAACAGAACACGGCCAGAUCGGCGAGGUGCUGAGGGCCAUUGUUUCGGUGGGAGAGAAUGGCUCCGAGGAGGAUGUGCUUGGGCAUAUACAGACGGAUGUCAUGCUGCAUCCGUUCCUGCCGCAUGGAUGGACCGAGAUCGCGGCCGUUGGUGACGGGGAUGAGGCGGAGUCGGCAGCCGAGAUGGCCCUCCGAGUCGCACGGAAGGCGGUUCCUCCGCGCGGGGAUCUGAGCGCGGAGGAACUCGCGGUGGCGUAUGCCGACACGGGUAGAGCUGCAGAUGGGCAGGUGGCGAUCAUGGUUGCGCCGUGGGCUGUGGAAGGGUGGCUGGCGUUAGGUGAUGCUGUGGCGGCGUGAAAGGUCCGGAUUCGAAAUAGGAUUUGAUGUCCUUGAAGUCCAUCAAUGCAAGCCAUAGCGUGUUGUUGAUCGUAGAUGUCUGAGGAGCCGGAGAAAAUGAAAACGUAAAACAAAUCAAGGGGUAUCAAUGCUGUCCCAAGUCCAUCAUCCGUCUACCAGGCUUCACUCCGGCCCAUUGGCCAGGGCCGCCUCCCUUAACCGAGCAAGACGACCUUCGAGCCAGGGCUUCUGCCAUGCAUCCACCUUGCCGCCCAAAACGGUACAGGUCGACGGUUCCAGCAUGACGACCCCCCGAGCAAGAGUAGCCCCUCUCUUGAGAAGUAUCUUCUCCCCGAUAUUCGUCG